CCAUGCACUGCAGCUGUGUAUGGAGCUCCAGGGCUCUGUCCCCUGCCCUGCUCCCUAGGCUGCUGUCCCAUGCAGGAUGCUGGGCUCCGGGGACCAGGCCUAGGGGUAUCUGGAGCUCCCCUCGGAGACUGGCCUCGGCUGUAGAGACCACGCAGCCCAUCCCCCUGCCCAGCCAAGCCCGGGUGGUGAUAUGUGGAGGGGGCAUCGUAGGGACGUCUGUGGCCUAUCACCUGGCCAAGCUGGGCUGGACUGAGAUAGUACUAUUGGAGCAGGGAAGGCUAGGUGCUGGUACCACCAGGCUGUGUGCUGGGAUCGUCAGCGUGGCCAAGCCCAUCUCUAUUGAGUGUAAAAUGGCUGACUACUCCAACUCCCUGUAUGAACACCUGGAGGAGGAGACUGGGGUCAAGACAGGUUACGUGAAAACAGGCUCUCUAUGCCUGGCCCAGAAUCAGGACCGUUUCCUCUCCCUGAAGCGCCUGGCAUCCAGGCUGAAUGUGAUGGGGAUCCCCUGUAACGUGAUCAAACCCAAAGAGGUGUCCAAGCUCCACCCCCUGGUGAAUAUUCAUGACCUGGUGGGGGCGCUCCACCUGCCAGGGGAUGCCGUGGUGUCACCGCCUGACGUCAACCACGCCCUCGCCACAGCAGCAGCCAGACACGGAGUCCAGAUCCAUGAGCGCACCACAGUUAACCAUGUGAUGAUGGAGAAGGGACAUGUGACAGCUGUGGAGACGGACAGAGGAGCCAUCGAGUGUGAAUACUUUGUCAACUGUGCAGGACAGUGGGCAUAUGAGCUGGGCCAGGCCACAGACCAGGUGUCUGUUCCUCUCCAUGGAUGUGAACACUUCUACCUGCUCUCCAAACCUCUACCAGAGCCUCUACAGCCCAGCACCCCAGUGGUGAUGGAUAUGGACGGGAGGAUCUAUGUGAGAGCAUGGCAGGGAGGUGUCCUGUCUGGAGGAUUUGAGAAGAACCCUAAACCCAUCUUCACCGAGGGACGUAACCAGCUGGAGAUUCAGACCAUGCAGGAGGACUGGGACCACUUCGAACCCAUGCUGUCAGCCCUGUUGAGGAGGAUGCCAGAACUAGAGGUGUGUGAGAUCCAGCAGCUGGUCAACUGUCCUGAGUCGUUCACCCCAGACAUGCGCUGUCUGAUGGGGGAGACACCGGGGGUGCACGGCUACUUCGUCCUGGCUGGAAUGAACGCCUCUGGCCUGGCCUUCGCUGGCGGAGCAGGAAAGUACCUGGCAGAGUGGAUGACGUAUGGUUACCCCACAGCUAACGUCUGGCCGCUGGACAUCAAACGCUUCGGCAACCUUCAGAGCAGCCGAACCUUCCUCCGACACAGGGUCAUGGAGGUCAUGCCCCUGCUGUAUAACCUAAAGGUUCCUCGUUGGGACUUCCAGACGGGCCGGCAGCUGAGGACUUCUCUGUACGACCGUCUGGACACACAGGGAGCCAGAUGGAUGGAGAAACAUGGCUUUGAGAGGGCCAAGUACUUCAUCCCUGCAGGGAAGGACCUGCUGUCUCUGGAUGCCAGUAAGACGUUCUAUAAGCCUGACUGGUUUGACAUCGUGGGGGCGGAGGUGAAAUGCUGCAAGGAGGCCGUCUGUGUCAUCGACAUGUCCUCCUUCACCAAGUUUGAGCUCACUUCUACAGAUGACCAGGCGUUGGCGUUGCUGCAGCACCUGUGUGCCAAUGACCUCGAUGUGCCAGUGGGUCACAUCGUUCAUACGGGCAUGUUGAACGAGAGGGGCGGAUAUGAGAACGACUGCAGCGUGGUCAGAGUCAAGAAGAACAGCUUCUUCAUCAUCUCUCCUACAGAUCAGCAGGUCCACUGCUGGUCGUGGUUGAAGAAGCACAUGCCCGACGACCCACAGCUCCACCUAGAGGACGUCAGCUGGAAGUACACCGCACUGAAUCUUAUUGGUCCGCGGGCGAUGGACGUCCUAGGAGAACUAUCGUAUGUCUCCAUGACUCCCGAACACUUCCCGUCCCUCUUCUGUAAGGAAAUGAGUGUGGGCUACGCCAAUGGGAUCCGAGUAAUGAGUAUGACCCAUACAGGAGAGCCGGGCUUCAUGCUUUACAUACCUAUAGAGUAUGCGCUCCAUGUCUACAACGAGGUGAUGUCAGUGGGCCAGAAGUACGGGAUCCGUAACGCUGGGUACUACGCCCUGCGUUCUCUCCGAAUAGAGAAGUUCUUUGCCUUCUGGGGUCAGGACCUGGAUCCUUUCACCACUCCCCUGGAGUGUGGACGGGAGUUCAGGGUCAAGUUUGACACGGACAUAGACUUCCUGGGUCGAGCGUCUCUGCUGCAUCAGCGUCAGGAGGGGGUGAGCCGUCGCUUCAUCAUGUUGGUCCUGGAGGAUCAUGACACAGAGCUGGACCUGUGGCCCUGGUGGGGAGAACCCAUCUACAGGAAUGGGGAGCUGUGUGGUACCACCACCUCCUCUGCCUACUCCUACACCCUGGAAAGACACGUGUGUCUGGGCUUUGUCUCGCCGCCCUCCCUGGACGGCUCUGCCGCGGUGACCCCAGACUUCAUCAACAGGGGAGAUUAUGAGGUGGAUAUAGCGGGACAGAGAUACCCAGCCAAGGCGAAACUGUACCCCUUCAGCUCUCUGUUCGCCCAGCAGAGACGACUCAAAGAUGAGAUGGAGCUCAGUAACUUUCAGGGCAAAUGAGGAGGAGGAAGGAAUGUAGGAUCUAAGAAGAGGGGUCUGAGUGAAGGGUGAACUCUCCAGACAUGACCCUUUUAACCUUUCUCUCGCUCUACCCUUCUGGUGCCGAUCUGUUCUCAGCCUCUCGCUCCACCCUUCUGGUGCCGAUCUGUUCUCAGCCUCUCGCUCCACCCUUCUGGUGCCGAUCUGUUCUCUGCCUCUCGCUCCACCCUUCUGGUGCCGAUCUGUUCUCAGCCUCUCGCUCCACCCUCCUGGUGCCGAUCUGUUCUCAGCCUCUCGCUCCACCCUCCUGGUGCCGAUCUGUUCUCAGCCUCUCGCUCCACCCUUCUGGUGCCGAUCUGUUCUCAGCCUCUCGCUCCACCCUCCUGGUGCCGAUCUGUUCUCGGCCUCUCGCUCCACCCUCCUGGUGCCGAUCUGUUCUCGGCCUCUCGCUCCACCCUUCUGGUGCCGAUCUGUUCUCAGCCUCUCGCUCCACCCUUCUGGUGCCGAUCUGUUCUCGGCCUCUCGCUCCACCCUUCUGGUGCCGAUCUGUUCUCGGCCUCUCGCUCCACCCUUCUGGUGCCGAUCUGUUCUCGGCCUCUCGCUCCACCCUUCUGGUGCCGAUCUGUUCUCAGCCUCUCGCUCCCACGCUGAAGGGGAGUACCGUUUAACGCACAAUCAAUCCCCUGCCCCCCCAUCCCUCUCUCCCCUUCUCUAUCAUAGUGCAAUAUCUACAAGAUACCAAAAACUCCAGAGUUGUCUGUCUGUCAGGACUGGCCCCCCAAGGUCCAGAGUUUUCUGUCUGUCAGGACUGGCCCCCCCAAGGUCCAGAGCUUUCUGUCUGUCAGGACUGGCCCCCAAGGUCUAGAGUUUUCUGUCUGUCAGGACUGGCCCCCAAGGUCUAGAGUUUUCUGUCUGUCAGGACUGCCUCCCCCAAGGUCCAGAGUUGUCUGUCUGUCAGGACUGCCCCCCCCAAGGUCCAGAGUUGUCUGUCUGUCAGGAC